UGGUGUUUGUGGUCAUGCUUCUCGGUCUUAUGUCAUAUCAGUGUAAUCAACUCAAUUAUUAUUGUUUUUAAUUAAAAGUACAAAAAGUGUUAAAUGAAGUGCGAAUCUGACUUACAAUUCGUGAAUAUAUUAGCAUUAUGUUGAAGACCCGCAACUGUUCCUUCAUAAAUUAGAAUAUUUUUAACGAAAAGUUAGGAAUAAAACCAAACGUGAGGGUUUUGUAUGCAAAUGAUUUAAAGAUAGUGUAGUACUUAAACAUAUGUGAGCAACAAUAAUGGAAAUCGCAAAAGAUGAUCAAAAUUUAAAUCAAAUCCUUUUGGAAGAAACGUUUUAUGUAUUAACCAAGAAAAACUGUGUGUUCAAAGUGCGUUUAACGCGACAAGGUCUUCAUUUAAUAAAAGAAAGUGAAGAAAAUCACAAAGAACAAGUUGUACCAAUUACAGACAUAGUAGGCUGCAGAUGUCUUCGAAGUAAAAAACAAUCAAAACGAUGUGUUUGCCAAUCAAUUACUAGAUCAGGUAGUUUGGAAGUUGUAGAAGAGACUUCCGGGGAUCUUGAUAUCAAUGACACUAGUGCCUAUUUGUAUAUUUACGCAUAUUUAUUUCAAAACACAAAAUCGUCAAACAAAAAAAGGGAAAGAACCAUAAUAACUUUGAGGUUUAGAUCUUUUGAUAAAUUUGAAGAUAACAACAGAGAAGCUCAAAGGUGGAGAACAAUAAUUAAGAAACUAAUAAAAGGGGAGAAUGUUCCUAACACCAGUAUUGUCGAAUUUACUACCUUGCAUAAGCUCAGAGAAGACAGAAAAAUCCUAGUUUUGUGCAACCCAAAAAGUGGAGCUGGCAAAGCAAAAGACUUGUUCCAACAGAAAGUGGUACCUGUGCUACAAGAAGCAGAGAUUCCGUUUGAUUUGUAUUUGACCAAACAUGCCAACUAUGCAAGGGAGUUCAUGAGGACCAACAAUGUCUUUCAGUGGACUGGAAUUGUUACAGUCGGCGGCGAUGGAAUCUUCUUCGAAGUCCUCAACGGCAUCUUCGAACGAUCCGAUUGGGCCGACGUGACGAGGUCGAUUCCCAUCGGUAUAGUACCGGGAGGUUCCGGCAACGGUCUGGCGCGCAGCAUAGCACACUAUUACUCAGAACCGUACAUGACCAUGCCAGUUUUACCUUCGGCUUUAGCGAUAGUUCGAAAUCAUUCCGAGUUUAUGGAUCUGGUGAGGGUGGAAACCACGUCUCAGAUCGUUUUUUCGUUCUUGUCCGUUGGAUGGGGCUUGCUGUCCGAUAUCGAUAUAGAGAGCGAGAAGUUUAGGAUAUUGGGAGGCCAAAGGUUUACCAUUUGGUCCCUGGCGAGGCUUAUCGGCCUUCGAAGUUACGGAGGAAAACUGUGGUACUUACCGGCCGAACUUCCUCUAGUAGAACAACACAACAACCUUGUUUUUUCUAGCAUAGUAGGCAGCAACGUUGAUCUUCCAAGUGAGGUCAAUUUAGAAACUAAAGCAGGUCGACCGCGAGUGGACUCAUGGUACAGCGCAAACUCUCGACGAAGCGCUUACUUCUCCGCCACCGGCAGCUCCUACCAAUCGACGGCAGACAGCGCCGGCGCAGUGGGUGCGUCGCCGAAUCCCGCCGAGCGACCCCGAAUGUACGGCCCCGCUUCUCAAAUACCAGCAGUAUUAGCACCUCUCCCGACGAAGUGGGAGUGUAUAUCGGGCCGGUUCGUCAUGGUCCACGCUUCAUAUCAAAGCCAUCUCGGGGAAGACUGCCUGUUCGCUCCGGAUGCUACGUUAAACGAUGGGAAGAUAUGGUUACUGAUAGUUCGUGCCGGAGCAACCAGAUCUCAACUCCUCCAGUUCCUGCUCGGCCUCAGCACCGGCGCCCACGCCACUUCAAAAUCCUUCGACGGCCUCGUAGAACUCAUCCCCGUACACGCGUUCCGAAUAGAGCCGGACAUGACUGAAGAGGGCUACAUAACCGUCGACGGUGAACUGGUCGAGUACGGUCCCAUUCAAGCCGAGAUAUUCCCGUCUUUGUGCCGCGUCAUGGUUCCUUGAUCCGAGUACUCCUCUAGGAGUGGCAGCGGUAAAGUUAGAAAGAAAUCCAAGGUUGUGAUGUUAUCUUCGUUUGAGCCUUUACUGAUUCGACUUGAUAGCUUUUAAGGUUUUGAAGUUAUGACAGUAUUUUCGGGUUUAGGAAGACGGUCAAGUGAAGAUUGUUACUAUAGGAGUUUAUUUAAGAAGAAAUCUAGAAAAUAUAGGUCAAGAUUAUAUAAUUAUUUUACUAAAAAUGAUUUUUAAACAUAUACAAACAUUCCAUGACAUUUUCGGCUAUUUUGGUGCAUGGCAAUACAAUUUCCUCACCGAAGUGAUAUAUGACAGUUGGUAGAAGACAAGUGACAAUUGACAAUUGCUCUCUGUCAGUGCCUAUUUAGUUCUAUCUUCUAACAGCACGGCAAAAGGGAAUUUUUCUCUUCCUUUGGUCUUAGUUUCAAGUAUUGCUGCCUCUACGAUUUUCGUUAAAAAUAUUGUGGUUAUAUUACAGAAUAAUUAAAUAACUCAAAGAAUCUUCGAUCUAAAGACACUCUUUUCCAUUAGGUACUUGUCAUUUUGUCAAUCAAUUUACAAAUACAAGACUUUUUCAACGAAGUGACAUAUGCAGUUGUCAUUUGACAAGAAGUGACAGUUGACAGUUUUUUUCUGUAUUGUUAAUACAACUGCCUCUUCCGUUCUCGUGGCAGUUACAGUAGACGGUUUUCUGUUUCAAUCUGUGAAAUUUUUUUCUUCCUUUUGUCUUAGUUUUUAAUUUUUGUCGAUAUGGUGGUCCUCUAUAAUUUUUGUAGUUAAAUAUUCAGUUUCAGAUAUUGAAAAUGCAUUUGGGUGUUAAAUCAUCUAAAAAAUAGAAACUUGUGCAAAAUAAACAAAUGUGUGACAGUUUGGACAUUUUUCACAUUUGGUCCCAGUGAAGAUAGCCUCAAAUGACUUUGACAGAACGUUAUAUUGGUGUUUGGCAGUGUUGAAAUUUAUAUUACAAAUGAAACAUAUGCAAUAAAAAAGAUAUUUAAAAAUUAGUACUUAGAAUUACCAAAAAAGAAAAAGUAAAUAGUUUCAAAACAGUUUUUAAAAGUAAAUAGUAAAAUGUCAGUAUAAAUAAUAACAUUAAAAAGACAUCUGAUGCAUCUAUCUGGUAACUGGUGAUUUGAGGGUUCUGACUCUAUUGCCAAAUCUAACCUAUCAAAGGGCAAUUGUCAUUUGUCAAUAAUUGUAAAAAUUUUUCUAAUAAUUAAUUGCAAUUAAUAUUAAAAGAAACAAAUAUUAUUUCAUUAAUAUUUUAUAUAAGUUAUAAACUUGCGGAAUCCACAAAAUAAUAUAAUAGCAGAAACGUUUUAAAAGCUUUUUCUCUUUGUAUUUGAAGCAUAUAACAUAUAUCUUUUAAGGACAUGGCAACAAUGCUAACGCAAUAUUUCGUUCUGUGAAACUUAAUUGACAGCUUAUUUGAGGCUAUCUUCACUGGGACCAAAUAUGAAAAAUGUAUGACAGUUUUUACACUAGUAUCUUUGCUUUGCACAUAAAUACAGGGUGUGCAAGGAUUUUUGCAAGAAAAUAUAACUGUAAAACUCAACAGAAGAUCUAAACAUCUCAAAAUAUCGCAUUUAAAGAUCUGAAGCAUAAAAUCAGUUUCAUAAUAUGCAGUUGUUUUGGAAACCAUUUUCGCACACCCUGUACAUAUUUAUACAGGUCUCUCUUAUUGCUUUCUAUUCAUAAUUUAGUAAUUAUUAAUUGUUUUGAUUGAUUUUAUAAUAAUUGUGAAGAUCUUUCGACCGCUUUUCUGAACCCCGUAUAUUUUUGUUCUUGUCGUUACAUAAGUGAUAAAUAUGGCUUUUAAAAGUUGUGUAGCUAUAAUAUAGGCCGAAUGCUCAAGUUUAGCUCUAAGUCAAUGCAUUUAACUAGUUAAAAAGUUCAGUUUUAUGUAACUUAAAAGACGAAACACUUGCCAUACACUAAUAAAUAUAAGAUUGUGAAAAUAACGUUACCAUUUAGGAUAUUUUUAAUUUUCCGUCGUUAAAUAUCGCGUAAUUUCUGCAAUGGAUUGUGUCAACAGAAGAAAGCCAGUCAGACAAGCGACAUUUGACGUUGACUGUUGACAUAUUCAUGUCUAUAAUUGUCUUCCUGAAGCUAACGAUACACUACCGAUAAAUGUUGUGCUCAAUGUAGCCUUAUUGCAUUUAUAAAAGUGGUGGAGGGUAGACUAAUCCACUCACGUCUACUUUCAACUGUAUAACUUAUCGAAGUUUGAGUCUCACAGCAAAUAGCUCCGUUAUAGUAAUAACGUUAAAGUGAUUAGGAGAGGUUUGAUUUAAUUGAACCGUAGAUAAAAAGAUUGAUGCAUAUUAAACCAAAGGUUUGACUGAAAAGGAGGUUCAUAGCAUCAUAAAAGGAAGGUUGGUAGUGUCAAGUAGACCUAAUCACAAAAACCUGACGAAAUGGUCUAGAAAAACGUUUAAAAUAUCAAGGAUUGCAUUGUCAGGAUCAUGUUUCUACAAUAUUCCUAAUUCCUUCCAUAACAAUAGUUUUUUUAAUUGUCCCCCUUACGUUUUUUUGUUUUGUGUUACUUUUACAAAUUUAAGAGAUUUUAUUUUUAUAUUUUGUUGUUGAAAUUUCAAUCUAGUCAUAAAGAGAUACUAGUUUUAUCCGAAAAUAAAUCCAAAUUGUGUACAGCAAGUGAUUUCUUUUAAAUAAUAUGUUUGCGCAUUAGCUAUAGUUUUGCCUGUUCUUUCCUUUUUCGAUAACGUUCCGAGUUUUUGGAAUUAUCAUAAUUAUUGAAUUAAAGGACUAUGAUAAUAUAAUGAAAUACUGCAAGUAGUGUCGUUAAUUUUGAGAUUAUGAAAAUGUAUCAUCAAACAUGCUCAUAAACGUCUACAAAACAAUGUGAAACACCAAAAUAACAUCAAUAUUUAAAUAACAUCUUAAAAAACCAAAAAAAAAAUAAUAAAAUCUAUAUUAUAUUCAAGAAAUGUAGUAUUGGUUGCUUCCAUCUGAAAGACAAUUGGGCGAAUUAUUCAUGAAAUCGUAGUAUUGGUUGCCUAUACAUGAAACAAAUUUAACAAGACAGUUAAGGCUGUUCUCGCAGUUAUAGCAUACUGCGAUUUGAAGUGGGCGUAUCACUUACUUUUCUACACUGCUUAUGUCAGACCCUACGUGACUUUCUAAUUUGAAAUCUGCAGUUUCGAUGUUUAUUCAGUGGCGCCGGCCCACGGGUUGUUUAAUGACAAUAAAUGCAUUAUUCUCCAUUCAAAUUAGUUUUGUCGGAAUACUUUUUUUAAGAUUGAUUAUCGUAGAUAAUGUUUUAAAAAGAAUUAAUCACAUUUUUAAUUUAUAUGUCUUAGCUAAACAUAGUAUUGAAUAA